GAGAAAUAUUCAAAAAUUAUAUUUAUAUAUAUAUAUUUUUUCUUACAAUAAUUAAGUAUAAAUAUUUAUUUUUUUUUAUUAUAUCAUUUAAUUUUUUUAAUGAAUGAAUAGAUUACAAAUGUAUUUUUAUAUACUAAAUAUGCUAAUAUAUUAUAAAUGUAUAUUACGACUUAUUUAUUUUUAAUAUAAAUUGUGCAAUGAUGCUCAGAUUAUAUAUUAAUGUUUCAUAAUAAGUUCUUAAAUUGUUAUAUUAUAUUCUAUUAUAUUCUAUUUUUGACAUGAAAAUUUACAUCACUAAAAUUUCAAUAACGAUUAUCUUAUCAGAAUAAAGAAAAAAAUGGAUCAUAAAAUUUCAAUUUAAGAUGGAAUACAAAUUUCGCGCUUUAAAAAUGAACAUCAUUUUAAUUUACUACGUUGAGCAAAAAUAUAAAUAUGAGGCAUGCAUUUAAAGUUACAAACAAAUGAAAUAAUUUGAAUUUCGAGAAAGAAUGACCAAUAUAUCUGUUCACUGAUGUUUCAAUUGUGAAACAUGUGUAACAUAGAAAAUGGUUACGAUAACAUUAAACGAAAAGUCCCAAUAUUAUCAGGAACAACGUCAAUGAAAAUGGGUAGCCAUUUUGAUUUUUGGUGCGCGAAUAUCGUGGACCAUCGUGAAAAGUGUUUGUCGUAUGAUAGGCUAAACGACUGUGGACGUUUAACUAUGUCCAUAGUUUUUUUCGCAAUUGAUUAACCCCUUACAGUGAAUCAAAGUCUCGUACGGCCAAUAUACCAGGUGCAGAAUAGACUAUGCAAAAGUGAGUGAGGGCGCACAAUUCGCGCCCUAAGAGGCGAGGCAUUUUUCGCCGUAUUUGUCAUACGACUUGUGUAAAAGGUGGGCGAUACGACGACAAUACAUUUGACGCGGCUUUGUGCCGUUUCAUACGUGUGUUGUAAACGUUAGAUUUCUGGAUUCGAGUUUCCUGAAAACGACGUCCUUGACUGGUACUGUUUGACAGCUAGAAAACUAACCCUUGGUUCGAUGCCCUUCAGUGCGAACGAUCUUUUAUAUAACCGGUUUACACAUUUUACAAUAUGCUGCCGACUUGUACGAGCGUGCGACCGCGACGCGUUUUUAUAGCACGUGAAUUUGUGGUCGAAUGACAUUCAAAAACUAGGUAAUAUCCAUUGCAUGCAUUGCACUCUUCUGAUCGACUACUUAGAUUUCGUCAGCGAAACCGGUUAUUUUGUAUUUAUUGUAUAUCUUACAACGCAUUAAAAAUAAGAUAUUAAGUUUAUGUUCUCUAUUCAAUAAAUAAACUAUAAUUAUAUUUGUAUUUUUUAUACAAAAUAUUUACUUGUUAUUUCUAUAGAAUUUUUAUAUUAAGCUUAUAACAUAUAUAUAUUUACUAUCUGUUUAUAAAUAUAAUUUUGAAAUUUAUUUUUUAUUAUUCAUAAUUUAUCAUAAUUAUUUUUAUUUAUAAAUUUAGAUAGAUAUUUAAUGGAUUAUAAUUCAUAUAGACAUAAUAUCACAUAUGUUUUCUCUUCAUAUAAUAUGCAAUAUAUAAAGAUAAUAUUAAAUAUGUUUUAUUUCAUUGUAACUUCAAUUAUUUUAUAACUUUGUAACUUUUUAAUUAUUUUUUAGUUAUUUUUUAUUUUGUUUGAUUCAAAUAAUUAAAUAUUUUUUAAGAAAAGUAAUAAAGAACAUGAACUUAUUUUUAUUUAUAUUAUAAUAUAAUAUUUAUAGCUGUUUCAAGUUUUUGCAAUACAUAAUAUUCUACAUUUAUAUGACCUUUUCCUAAUAGGAAGAAAACUGUGUGUGUUCAUUUGUAUUACUGAAGCUCAUCAUAUAUAUUUGAAAACAUCAUUGAGAACCAUGAAUGCUUCAGAACACGGGUUUAACCCAGCCUUUAACAUGGCCUCUAUAAAACAAGCAUUUAAUGAAGCAGUAGAAAGAGUCUCAACAGUUAGAAUGCCUGCGCCAACAAGAUUGAGAGAUCUUAUCAGACAAAUAAGAGCUGCUAGAACUGCAGCAGAAGAAAGGACAGUUGUUAAUAAAGAAUGUGCUUAUAUUCGUUCUACGUUUAGAGAAGAGGAUAGUGUAUGGAGAUGUCGAAAUAUUGCAAAACUUUUAUAUAUACAUAUGCUUGGAUAUCCUGCUCAUUUUGGCCAAUUGGAAUGUCUAAAACUUAUUGCAUCUCCAAGGUUCACAGAUAAAAGAAUUGGUUACUUAGGUGCAAUGUUACUAUUAGAUGAACGACAGGAUGUUCAUCUUUUAAUUACAAAUUGUUUAAAAAAUGAUUUAAAUAGUUCUACACAAUUUGUUAUUGGUUUGGCAUUAUGUACUUUGGGUGCAAUUGCAUCACCAGAAAUGGCAAGAGAUUUAGCAUCUGAAGUCGAGAGGCUAAUGAAAUCAGCAAAUGCAUAUAUUCGGAAGAAAGCAGCACUUUGUGCAUUUAGAAUUAUUAGACGUGUACCCGAAUUGAUGGAAAUGUUUCUACCUGCUACUCGUAGUUUAAUUACAGAAAAAAAUCAUGGUGUAUUAAUUACAGGUGUUACACUUAUUACAGAAAUGUGUGAAAACAGUGUUGAUACCUUAAAUCACUUUAAAAAGGAAUGCGGCCAUCGAGAGAUUGUACCAAAUCUUGUGCGGAUUUUAAAAAAUUUAAUACUAGCAGGAUAUUCUCCAGAACAUGAUGUAUCUGGAGUAUCUGAUCCUUUUCUUCAAGUAAAGAUAUUACGUCUACUUCGAAUCUUAGGACGUAACGAUAUUGAUGCAUCUGAAGCAAUGAAUGAUAUACUUGCACAAGUUGCAACCAAUACAGAAACUAGUAAAAAUGUUGGAAAUACAAUUCUAUAUGAAACUGUAUUAUCUAUUAUGGAUAUAAAAUCUGAAAGUGGACUCAGAGUAUUAGCAGUGAAUAUAUUAGGUCGAUUUUUAUUAAAUAAUGAUAAAAACAUCCGAUAUGUUGCUUUGAAUACAUUAUUAAAAACAGUUUAUGUAGAUACAAGUGCAGUACAAAGACAUCGCUCAACAAUUUUGGAAUGUCUAAAAGAUCCUGAUGUAUCAAUUAGAAAACGAGCAAUGGAGCUUAGUUUUGCACUUGUAAAUUCAAACAAUAUUAGAAAUAUGAUGAAGGAAUUAUUGCUUUUCUUGGAACGUGCUGAUCCAGAAUUUAAAGCUCAAUGUAGUAGUAAUAUAGUAAUGUCUGCAGAAAGAUUUGCUCCAAAUAAACGUUGGCAUCUUGAAACACUAUUCAAAGUUCUUGUUGCUGCUGGUAAUUAUGUUAGAGACGAUGUGGUAGCAUGCACUAUUCAAUUAAUUUCAGAAACACAAUCACAACAAAGUUAUGCUGUCAGUGCAUUAUGGAGAGCAUUAGAAAAAGAUACAUCUGAUAAACAACCUUUGGCUCAAGUAGCAACAUGGUGUAUUGGUGAAUAUGGUGAUUUAUUAUUAUAUGGGCCACCAUUAGAAGAUAUAGAUACUCCUAUUAAUUUAACAGAAGAUGAAGUUAUUGAUGUCUAUCAAAGGUUAUUAUGGAAUCCACAAAACACAGUUGUUACAAAACAAUAUACUUUAUUGUCUCUCACAAAACUUAGCACAAGAUUCCAGAAAGGCAAUGAAAAAAUUCGUCAAAUAAUUGAUACAUUUGGAAGUAAUUUACAUAUAGAAUUACAACAACGAGGUAUUGAAUUUUCACAAUUAUUCAGAAAAUAUGAUCAUUUACGACCUGCAUUACUUGAAAGAAUGCCUCCUAUGGAAACUGCAAGACCACAAGCUAAUGGAAUUAUUGGUAUGGUAAAUGGUGAACCAGAACCAGAGGAAGAAAAAUCUUCAGUCUUAGAAGCAAGUAGUCCAUCAUCUGAUUCAAGUGCCCUUCUAGAUUUGCUUGGAACUACUGACUUAGGAAUGACACCUUCAGUAUCGAAUAAAAAUACAUCUGCUAAUUCAACAACUAUAGUAAACAAUAAUGAUCUCUUGGACCUUCUUGGUAGUUUGGAUUUAAAUGUACCCACAUCUACAUCUACACUGCCACAGACACAAACAUCGCAAAUAUUUAAUUCUACUAAUACAACCAAUUUUUUAGUAGAUGGUUUGCUUAAUUCAUCAUCAGUUCAAAAUGAUACUCUUACUAUGAUUGUAUUGGAUAAAGCAGGACUUAAAAUAAUCUUUAGAUUAGAAAGAUCUCCAGAUAUUGCUGAUUUAUUAAUUAUUAAUAUGUCAGCUCAAAAUUCUGGAAAUGCAAUAUUAACUGAUUUUUUAUUUCAAGCAGCAGUUCCUAAGACAUUCCAACUACAAAUGUUAUCACCAUCAAGCACAGUCAUUCCUCCCUCUGGACAAGUUACUCAAGUAUUAAAAGUUACGAAUAUCAACAAAGUACCUUUAAGAAUGAGAUUACGUAUAUCAUAUACUGGACCAACAGGACCAGUUUUGGAACAAACAGAAGUGAAUAAUUUUCCUUCAUUAAUAUCACAGUGACAAGAUAUAUUAAAGAAGACAAUUGUACAUAUACCUGUCUAAAUAAGUAAUUGAAUCUUAAAUGGACUGAAUUUCAUCUCUUCAUUGGAUAAAACAAAAAUAUAUUGGUAAAAGGAUAUGUUUGACAAAAACUGAUUAAUUAAUCUAAUUUAAUGAACAUUUAUUGGACAUGGAUUUGAUAAAAAUCAAAUUAUUAUGAAUUUAAUUUUUUUCUUUAAUAUGAAUCUGUAAGUUUUUCAUCUGCUCACAAGCUAUAUUUUAUGUUUGUAGAAAAUUUAAAUAUAUAUGUAGCUUUUUGUACGUAUAAUUUUUGUAAAUAAGUUUUGUAAAAAUUGUUUUAAUUUAAUGUCAUAUUGGGUAUAAUGGUAAAUAAAAUUUCUUUUAAAUAAUUGAAAAUUUAUAUAAUAAAUAACAUUUUUUAGUACUCUUUAUAUUAUCUAAAUAAAUAUUGUUAAUAAAAUAAAUAGUUAUUUAUAUUAUAAAUAAAUAUAUAAAAUAAUUGUAAUUGAUUAAAAAUGAUGCUUAGUGAGCAGAUGGUAUAUUCAUUUUGAAAUCUUUAAAAAAUAGUAAAAUUUAUCAUUAUAUUGAAAUAAUUAAAUUUCAACAGGGAAAGAAAGGAAUGUAAAAUUUCUCUUGUACUAAGCUGCAUGUAUUGUGAAAUGUGUAAAUAUUUUUUCUAAUUAAAUAUUAGAUAAAACAAUAUUACAUGCAACAUUGUUAUUUGAUUUGUUGAAUUUAUGAUCGUAUAGCUUUUGAUUUAAUGUAUAAUUUUUCAUAUAGGACAAUUCAAACAAAAAACAUACAAUAAUAAAAAAAUUAUUAAAAAUUAUUAAAAUCAAUUGACAAUGCAGAUAAAAAGUGUUUGUCAUUAAAAAUACUGCUGCCCAAUUAUCAACGACAAGCACACAAAUCUCGUUAUAAUAAUUGAUCUUUUCUACUAUAUUUAUAAAUAAUAAAUGGAUGCAAUUGCCUUGUAAAUAAUUAAAUAAUUGCAGUGAGAAUAGAAUAGAAAUAAUUAAAUUCUUAUUAUGAGGAAUGUAAAAUGAGAUUCUUUAUUACAUACGAUUGUCACGUCAAUAAUUAAUAGAGAAGCAUUGCUUCUUUCACGAAAAAUUUUUAGAUAAGAAAGGAAUUACACAUAAAUACAUAUACAUGUAGCGGGUACGUUUGCUAUAUCCCAUAUUUACAAUGUUAUGGGUGGUGUUUAUACUGUUUUGAAUGUAUUUGGAGUAUAUGACAUCAUUGGAGGGCUGAAUUCUCGUUGUCAAUUUAUUUUAUAUAUAUAUAUAUAUAUAUAUAUAUAUAUAUAUAUAUUCAUUUACGAAAUUAUUUAAAAUUAUUAACAAUUUUUUUUUUCAUAUAAAAAAUUAAAUUCGUAUGAAAGUUUAAAAAACAAUUUUCUCUAAAUAUGACUUCAAAUCACAAUUUAUUUGAAAAUCGAAUAUUAAAAAUUAUAUUAUCCGAAAAUUAUUACAAAAAUUUUAUAAUGUAAUAUAUAUAACAAUCUUUGUACUGUGAAAAAAUAUUUUUCAUUAAAAAAUAUUUAUUUAUAUUAAAAAUAUUUAUUAAACAUUAUGCAUAAAAAAUCUAAAACAAAAUUAUGACUUAUAUGCUAUGUUUUGUUUCGUAACAUAUUAUUUUAAGAAUAUGUAAAUUUGAAUAUUUCUAACAAAAAGUUUAGGAAAAAUUAUAAUGUAAAGAAAUAUUUUUACAUUCCUUUUUAUUAUAGAAUUUAUUUAAAUAUAUUAAAAAAUGUAAAAAAAAUAUUUUAAUUUUUUAAAAAAUUAAAAGUUUAAAUUUUUAUUAAUUUAAUGAAUUUGAAAAUUGUAUGAAUGAAUUGAACUAAAUUUUGAACUAAUUUUUGAAAUUAAAAUUCAUAUCUUUUUAUAUAUGUUAUUUCUUCCUAUAUGAAGCAAAUAUUAUAAGCAAAUAUCAUUUAACAAUGAAUGUGCGUUUAAAUUGUGCGAAACGAUACACAAUAAAUUGUGUAAAAAGUAGCAAUAGCAUCUUUACUUGCAAAUAUUUAUCUUUUUCAAGAUUUUAUGUAAAUGAAAUUAUAAGACAGUUGUACUUAAUUGUAUUUAAUUUAUCUUAUUGUAAUAGAAUUAUAUGAAUAUAUAGAUUUUAAGUGCGAUUAAUUCUAGUAUUAUAAAUAAUCUAAUAUUUUGAAUGAUUAAGUUGAUAAAUUCUUUUACUAUUUUUCUUUCUAAAUUUUUUUUAAAGCAUAAUUAUCAGAACAUAUUAGUAAAUAUAUUAUCAAUAUAACUGUAUGCAUUUUAGCUCCGUCCCUUAUAUGUUGUGCGCUAUGAAUGCGAUGUAUAAUUCUAGAACAGGUGGGUGUGUUUCUGAGUGGCCUUGUCUUAAAGUCUAUGACACAGUGUCAGCCCUUCAGUGGGAUGUACUCUGCCUACUUGUUCUCAAUAUUAUAUUAGUUUUAUAAAUAUAAAUAUAUAUAAAUCAAUUGUGAGGAUAUUGAAUAAUGAUAAAGAUUCUGUAUAUAUACUUUCUAGAGAUUCAAGGUGUGAAAAUAAAAUGUAUUUUUAUUCCAUUA